CAAACACACGCACACGCACACACACGCGUGCACACACGAACACAAACCAAAUCACAAUGGCUCGCGUGGCUCCUCGUGGAGGAUGAUCUCCCUCCCUGCUUUUUAAACUCUGACUGAAGAUCUCCAUUUUUCCCCAGGCGCCCAAAAACAUCGUGGAACGCUGGACGAGAGAAAGGCGCCGCUUCGCUCCACACAAACAGCAGUUGGGCGGAUGUUUUCACACCUGUGGGUGAAUCUGGAUCAUUAUUCUAAUUCUAAAACCCGGCGAGGUUGGAUUGCUUCGCGUCCAUUCGCAUGCGUCCUGCAGGAGAGGUGCUCCGGCGCUGUUUGAUCCCGAGUGGUGAAAGCCCAAAGGUACCUAAAGCCAUUUACAGACGCAUUAAUUUAAGCCGCUCUCUGUGGCGGCUCGCAGACAGGAAGAGCAUGGAUAGAGAGGAAUUUGCUCUGACUGGUGCGUUGAGGGGAUUUGCAGAGCUGAGGAUGUUCUCCCGUGGAAACUAAACUAAGGACUAAAGCGCUGUUAGCCCUGCACUAACAGCUCGCCAUUUCUCCUCAAGACCUCCUCUGGUUGUUGAUUCACCAUUCUAACGAGGAUAUAAGUUUGCCAAUCAGCCAUGGGGAAAGAGGAGUGCAAAACAAUGCUGGACGCUUUGAACAAAGUGACCGCCUGCUACAGGCAUCUGGUCAUCGCCCUGGGAAGCACCUCGGACUCCCAGAACCUGCGAGAGGAGCUGCAGAGGACCCGCAAGAAGGCCCAGGAGCUGGCCGUGGCCAACAGGACUAGACUGACCUCUCUGCUCAAAGACAAGACCAUCUCCAAGGAGGACCGGGCCGAGUACGAGCGCCUAUGGGUGCUGUUCUCCAGCAGCAUGGAGCUCCUGGAGGUGGACAUGAAAAGGUCCCUGGAGAUAGGGCAGGACUUCCCCAUCAAGGUGCCGACGAGGCACUUCAUCCAGACGGGCAUGACCGGCAGCACCACCACGGUGGCGGCGCGGGCCAUGAGCGUGCAGAACAUGAAGUACGAGGCGGACAGCAACAUCGACACGGCGGACUUGCGGGAACUGCGGUCCGAGAUCACCCAGGUGAGCCAGAUGAUGGAGGAGAUGGAGAUGAAGGUGCAGGUGGCGCCUUGGGCCGUGGAGGCGAAGCAGGAGGCGGGCGCCGAGCUCAAAUCCAACAUGAGCGUGGAGAAUUCCUCCGUGGGAGUCAUCUCCAUCUGCGAGGAGGAGCCCAAAGAGGAGGACGGCGGCGGCGGCAGCAGGGAUGCUGGGAUCGCCACGAUCUGCGCCGUGGUCGGAUUCUUUAUCAUCCUCAUUGUCGCUGCGGUUCUAGGAUACCUGGUCAUCAACAUGUCCUGAACCGUCCUACGCCCACAGCCCACCCUGGUGAUGGACGGACUCCCUGCCGAGGCUGCCCGCGGGACGAGCGUCGCAGUGGGUGUCAGAGCCUGCAGCUCCACAUGAGAGGGACAGAGCAUUUGUAUGUGGACAAGUUAUUAAUCUGGGUUUGUGAUUGUAAUCGGGGGAGUUUGAGGAAUUGCACUAGAAGAAAAUGUAGAACAGUAGAGCCAAUGUGUGUCACUCUGGGAGAAUGGACGAUGCACAGAUAAAAAAAAAGUAAUUUUCAGGGGCCAAGGGUUACUUUUUGGAGGAAAAGGGGGUGCGUGGAAGACAUACCAUUACGUGACAGUGUCUGACCAUUAGCAUGAUACAAGCAACACGUAAUCCAAGUGGAUUAGUGGGAAAAGCUCAAGCAUAAAUGUAGCCGACUGUUAAGUACCCCCCCCCCCCCCCCCCCCCAGGUUCAGCUGAUUGAUGCUUUGAGUUUAUGACUUUAUUGUCAAGCAAAAAGAAGCAGGUGGAACCCUAAAGUCAGGGAAAUUAAAAAAAAGUGAGCCAAGUGUAACAGUAACCUUUGGAUGUAAACAACACUGCACUGUUCCACAGUUUGAAUACAACAAAGAGAUCUUUAGUACAGCCAGAUGUGUAGUCGGCCUGCAUCCUAUACUUCAUUGCAUCAAAUCACAACGUGCUACAUGAGGGACCUGAGAGACGUCCACAGUCUUUUUAAAAAUGCACCCGUUCACUGUUCAUGUUCCGUCACAGGGUUUAUUCUUCUGUUGCAAUCAGUGUUGAAUGUAUACAUUACAACAUGUGAAUAUAGGGGUUUACGGUCUACUACUUUGUCAGAUAAUGUACAUACAAUUAAGUAUAUUUAUUAUAAUAAAAUCUUUUAA